GAGACGGGAGAGGGCGCGAGCGGCAGGAAAGGGGCAGCUGCCGAGAGGCGCUAUGGCGAGGCUUUGGAAAGCGAAGGCAGCGGCUGCCGGGGCGCUCUUACUUUUGCAGUGCUUGGCCGACCGGGUACAGUUCAUCGGAGCCGCGACACCGAAGCAGAGUCUCGGUGCAUUUUAUGAAAUGAUUCAGAGCUUCCCUCGAGUGGAAGAAAAUGUGCAAAUGGACUCCUACAGAUAUAGCCACAGAUGGAAACGACAUUCGGAGUUGCUCAAAUCAGUGGACACCAACAGAGCCAGCGUAGGACAGGACUCCUCAGAACCUGGAGGUUUUACAGAUCUACUUCUUGAUGACACGCACGAUAACACUACGCAAAUUGAGGUUUCAAUUUGGUUUGCAAGGCAAACAAUUUGCUAAGGUUAAAUGUACAAUGAUGGGAAACUGCUUUACUGUGAGCCAUAAAU